AUGCUGAUGGCUGGAAUCCGCCUUGGCUGCAAGCAUGGUCACUUCAUGCUGCUGUUUCUGUGCAUCCCGCGGACACCAGUAGCAAUUGGCGUGGUGCUUCCAGGAGCAAGCCAAGGAUGUUGGGCCGGAGGUUACACAUAUCAGCGCUGCUGUGUGGGUCGCGAGAGAGACUGCUUCCCGUCGGAAUUCGGCAAUCGAUUCGAUGAAACGACGUGUUGCUCCGCGAUGGUGGAAGCGAUGGGCGCCCUCGAGGAGCUCGGCUUGCCCCUGGCGAGCCGGGCGCCUUCUCCUGCGAUCGGGCGCUGCGUGGAGGAAAGCCUUUCACAUGCAGAAGAAAGCCUCGCCAGGAACUCCUUCCUCUCCACCUUGCGCUGCAUUGCUUCGCUGCAAAGCGUCGACGUGGUGUUGGAUGCCUUCCUCGGCGGUGGCUUUAGCCUCGCAGCAGUGGCGCAGGGGCUGGAUGUGCCUAAAAGCCGGAGAAGGCCACCCAGCGUAUUCAGCUUUGAAAAGCACAAGUACUUGGUGGAUGAGGCCCUUGCUCCAGCUGGCCCUGUGGGCGAUGCUUGGCCCACGACGGUUGCGAACCUCACGGUGCCUGACACAGAGCCCUCGUCCAACCUCGUCACACUGAAGGAACAGCUGCACAGCUACCAACUUUCAGUGAUCCAGGCCAAAAGCCGAGCCGUCCAUGAGGACCAGCGUCCUGAGAUCCUCAUUGGACACGGCCUUCCUUACAACUUGGCUUCCCUCAGCGGCUACCAGUGGAACGCGCUUGACAUCCUGUGCCAACAUCACGCACCAGUUGACUUGGUCGUUAUGGAUGCAGAGGCGGCCCUGUCCCAGGAGUGGCUCAUCAUUGAGACGAUUUGUAUGCCACGCCUGGUGGCACUUUUCGGAGUCAACAUUCACGGAGCUUCUAGCUGGAUAAAGAAUCGAUUGGAGAUGCUGAACACCUGGCAGCUUGAGGCCAAGGGAGUGGUGAAGUUGGGGAGCAAGCCGUGGAAAGCGAUGGCGGAAGUGCGGCGGCUCCGAGCGUGGGCAUUGUUCUCCAACCUGGCAGCUGACCCGCCGUGA